GAGCCGGGAAUGCGGGCGGCCGCCGGAGCCAUGGCGUCCUUCCGCCUUGCUCUCAUCCAGCUCCAUGUAUCUGCUGUUAAAUCAGAUAAUCUCCAACGAGCCUGUGGGCUGGUGAGGGAAGCAUCAGCUAAAGGAGCAAAACUUGUGGCUCUGCCAGAAUGCUUUAAUUCUCCAUAUGGAACCCAGUACUUUAAGGAGUAUGCAGAGAAGAUCCCUGGGGAAUCAACACAAAAGCUGUCAGAAGUUGCAAAGGAGUGCAGCAUAUAUCUCAUUGGAGGAUCCAUUCCAGAAGAGGAUGGUGGAAAGCUCUAUAAUACAUGUGCUGUCUUUGGGCCUGAUGGUGCUCUUCUGGCCAAGCAUAGGAAGGUUCAUUUGUUUGACAUUAAUGUUCCUGGGAAGAUCCAGUUCAAAGAGUCUGAAACACUGAGUCCAGGGAAUAGCUUCUCUGUGUUUGACACACCAUACUGCAAAGUGGGCCUGGGCAUCUGCUAUGAUAUGAGAUUUGCUGAGAUGGCUCAAAUCUACGGCCAGAAAGGUUGCCAGCUGCUGAUAUAUCCAGGGGCUUUUAACAUGACUACAGGACCAGCUCAUUGGGAACUCUUACAAAGGGGAAGAGCUGUUGAUAAUCAACUCUACGUAGCUACUGUAUCUCCUGCUAGAGAUGAAAAAGCAUCCUAUGUUGCCUGGGGACACAGCACUGUAGUAAAUCCAUGGGGUGAAGUCAUAGCCAAAGCUGGGGCUGAGGAAACAGUUGUAUACACAGAUAUUGAUCUAAAGAAACUUGCAGAAAUACGUCAGCAGAUUCCUAUUUUAAGCCAGAAGCGUAGUGAUCUCUAUGGUGUAGAGAUGAAAAAGUGAAGCUGGGUGAAGAGGGAAGGUUCAGCUGUCACAGUGGCUGUUGCCUUCAUCUUUGGAAGGAUUUCCUUUUACUACCUAAUGUGCCAGUUAAGAAACCAUCACAUAACAAAAAAUUUGGUGCAAUUCUAGUAUGAUGGAAACAUAACUUUGGUAUCUCCUCUCAUACUUAAGUAUUUCACAGUAUUUUACUGUGAUUUAUCUAGGAUAAAGAUGGAGAUGAAAUCAGUUCAACACAGCAGUGAUUAAUAUUGAUUUUUAUGCAUCAUAAUGUUUUAGUUGCCUUCUGAGAGCUGUUUUGUAGAACACAGAAAUCUUGUUCUCUAAAUCUCCCUCUAAAGUCAGCUUUGGUAUUAUGAAUUUUUCAGUGAAUUGUCAGAAAAUCUAGAAGCAUGAUUCUUCUUACUCUGUCCUUUUUAGAUGUAUAUGACUUAACCAAGGUCUUUGAAUGCCCUACUUCUAACUUGGGGAGCUUAAAAUUUAACACACUGAGCAAAACAGGCCAAAUUAUGCUCUGUGCCACUGAGGACACCUCAAGAAGCUGCCAGACAGAGCUGCUCCUAUAGAAGAAUCUGUAGCAGUUUUUGGUUCAUGUGUUUUGUCUGGGUUUGAAUAUUAAAUUCUCCUUAUGGCAAA